GAAAUUUAGCCAUUAAGAUAAAAAAUAAUUAAUAAAACAAAUACAGGACUGUUUAUCUUUGGAGUUUAUGCUGCACAGACGCUCGAGGCGCGGAUCGGCUCCUCUGUGACGUCAUCAGCGCGCGCCGCUGGUCUUCAGUCUGCUGGCCUCCGGAAUGGGCAGAUAUCACCAGCCCACACUGAACCACUGAUUUAUUGACCGAGCUCCAGCGAGAGUGUGUGUUUUUGCUCGUCGUCUACACGAUGCCAUGCGGAGGUAAGGUGAUGGAAGCGGCCAGCGGGAGGGUUUCAGAGCUGAUUCCAGUGGUGCUUUUUCCGCGGCUGCCAGGCUUUGUCCCAUCCUCUGUUCAGUAACAGCACCCAUUCUCAUCCCCAAUCACCAUGAAGCCAGUCCACGAGCGCAACCAGGAGUGCCUCCCUCCCAAGAAGCGCGACCUCCCUGUUGACAACAACAGCAACACCUCUACCAACAACAGUCACAGCAGUAGCAUCAGCAGCAGCUUUGGGAGUGCAGGAGGAGGAGGAGGAGGAGGAGGUGGUGAGGAUGCCCCGUCUUCACAAAGCUCUGGAGUGAGUGGAGAAGGUAGUGGCGAAUGGGUGCGAGCCCAGCAGAGCAUGCAUUAUGGGGUGGAGUGUGCCGAGGGUCUCGUUGGGCUUCCUGUGGAUCAGUAUAGCAUGCUUUAUAAAGUAGCUCUGCCCGCUGGCACCUACUCGCCCACCAAUCUGCACCCCGUUCUCAGCCACAUUUCUCCUGCCUACACCGUUCCCUCCCCGGUGUUACAGCACACGAGCGUUCCCUAUCCUCCGCUCUGCUACACCCACAUCCCUCACUCCUCCCUGCAGGAGUUUCCCUUGUAUGGUUACGCCAUGCCUCCGGGAUUCGUUCCCAGCCCUUUGAUGCCACCUCAGUCCGCUAUUUCCCAGCCACACUCCGUUUCCCACCUGGUUCCGUAUCCAUCAGUCAUUCAGGAAGGAGUUGGCUCUUCGCAGCAGCAGGUUUCGACCCAUGCAUACACCAAAAUGGGAGUUCCUCUUGUGCAAACGGCAACACAAGCACAGCUCGGGACUGUAGGGAUGCUGCCUGCCGGGGAGCUCAGCCCGAGAGCGCUGUACUAUAACCCCACCAUUAGGGGUGUCCAGCCACAAAGAGACCUGCACAGCAGCUCCAUGGAGCAGGAGAGGGAGGUGAACGGAGGAGACCGAGAGCACGGAGGCAGGGAGAGCCAUCAAGAUGUAGUUUAUUUGGCCAGAAGCACACAACUGUUGCAGGCCACUGCGCCCGAGCCACAGCAAGACAAGAGCUUGAAAAGCCGCAGGCCGGAGGGCCGAAUGUCACCAGGACAGAGGAGCACACCGGACACUGAUCUCGAGGUCCAGCAGGUGGUCGGACGACUAGCCUCUCCUAUCCACGGCAUGAGCCGCAAGGAAGCAGCACAUGUCCCUCUGAACCUGUCUCAGAGCUCUCAGAGGGGUCGAGAGACUCAGGGCGAAGUCAGAACACCUUAUGCAUCAAAUCAAGCUGAAUCUAGAGCACAAACGCAGCAGUACAUUCAACAAGGCCAUGCCGUUAUCUUGGCCAAUGGGCAGCCUGUUCUUGUGCCUCUGGACUACCAUCACCACCAACAGCAACAGCAGCAACAUUUCCAAUCCAACGAUGUGGCCUCCGCAGCAAUCGCUGCUUCUCCCGCUGCAUAUACUAAAGCCAUGGAUGCAGGAGCAUGUCUCCCAGACCGGGCAGUGGUGGAUCUGCCUCCCCAACAGGGGCAACAGCCCUCCCAGCAGCCUCCUGGUACUUUCUCACAGGCUCCUCUGCUGGCACCCUCCGGCCCGUCGCACUUCAUGAAGGGCGCCAUCAUACAGUUGGCUACCGGAGAGCUCAAGCGUGUAGAAGAUCUGCAGACUCAGGACUUUGUGCGGAGUGCAGAAGCGAGCGGCGGGCUGAAGAUCGACUCAAGCAUGGUCGUGGACAUCCGCGCUAGUCAACAGCGGCCCGGUCUAGUGGCGCUGCAUUUCAACGUGGGGGAGCAGCAGAGCAAAGUGACUAUAGAUGUUCCCCCCGAACACCCGUUUUUCGUUUUUGGCCAGGGCUGGUCAUCUUGUAGCCCAGAGCAGACUGCACAACUUUACGGUCUAACCUGCCACCAUCUGCAAGUGGGUGACGUCUGCGUGUCUGUGACGAUGCAUCAGCAAGCCGCGCCGCAACAGAAACCUCCUCAGCAAGUGCAGGCCCGGACUCCAACCAAAGUCAACUCCACGUCAGGAGCCCCACCUCAGCCCAUGGGCCCCCCUGCACCCCAGCACACUCCUCGGCCACAAAGCCAAUUAAAAAUGGAGCGUAUCCACCGAGAGAGGGACCGGGACAAGGAGGAGCCCAUGCAGGUCGGGGGUUCGAGACAUGUCGACAUGCUCCCAAAACCGAACAGGACUUCAGCAGAGCACAAUCGGAGCCAGAGCAACUACUAUUUGCACACUGAGGGUCAUGCUCCACCGGGAACUGGAGCGGGAGCCUCCUCCGUAGGAGCGUCCCAGAGGCGCUGGUCUGCGCCUGGCUUCCAAAGAUACAGCUUCAAGAACGAGGAUGGAGGGAGUUUAGCAUCAGCUGCCACCUCUGGCUCCUCUCGGCUGUCGUUUAUCCCUCAGGAGGUCAAGCUUUCCAUCGAGGGCCGGUCAAAUGCCGGGAAGUAGCAGACAAAAGUGAUUGUCCAUGGGAGCGAAGUGUCAAUCGGGCGAACAGAUGCGAAAAAGGGAGCGUGGUCGGAGGGAGAGAGAAUGUAGCCUCAGAAUGUUUGAGAUUUUGCACAUAAUGGAAGAUUCCCCCUGCCGCCCCCUUCUUCAGUUCUGGUCUCGAGCAGAGGACUUUUGUGUCAGGUCAUAGUCAGCGUUCGCAAUGAUCUGCAUGGGCAGCUUAAUCCGGUAAAUCACGUACCAAAGCCUGCGUCGUCUGCGUGUUCCUGUGGGUGAACUAUCAUGUUUGGCAGUGAUCACUUGCGCGAAGAUAUCUUGCAGUUCCUCGAGUAGAUGUCUAUUUCAGAAAGGCCAGGGAUAAGAAUGGGAUACAGCCAUAGAGUCUUGACAAGCCUUUACAAUAAUAAUAAAUAUAUAUUUUAAAGAAGGACAUAAGAGGAUGGAUUGCUCAACAACAUUUCUCCCCUAAUAGACAGGCUCUUUCUCUGUAAAUGUUGACUGUUUCCCUUACAAUUUGGACAGGUUUUAAUGCGUGUCUCUCUAGAGGUGUGUUUGUCCUCACUUUCCUACCCUUUCCUCCUCUCCCUGCCUCUUCUCAGGGUGCUUCUGCUGAGGAAUCCUUUCUAGUCUGGAGUUUGAGAACAGUUGCCCAGUGCCGUCACAUCAAUCAAUUGAUCCAACAAUCUUUCUGCAAUCGGGAAAUAUUUCCAGAUGAAGUCUAGCGUGCAUCUUAACCGUUGCAUUAACAACUCCUCAGAGGUUUUUAGUUUUGAUUCAGCAGUGGUUCUGAAUCUGCAUUCCAGUUUCAGUGUGAUCUCUCCUGCCCAAUCCAUUGGAGUUAACAUUUCCCAGAAAGGCCGGCCUAGGAAAACCACCUCCAAAUUGUACCUCAUGGUUGGAAGCAUCCUUCAGUCUGAUUAUUAACAUUAUUAACUUAUAUUGUUGUGCCCUUUUCCUGGAUGGUGUCAACCAAAAUCAGCCCUGCUUGCGAAGAUGAGACCAAAUGUGGAUUGACCCUGCUCGGUAAUCAAAAUCAAAGCAAUAUUUGUCCGAACACAUUUUUCUUGUUUCCUUUCUUUUUUUUUUUUAAAUCCCAUACAAGAAAGAUUUCUCCUUGUAUUUCAGUUUUUCUAUGUGCAGCAGUUGCAGUCUGUAUGUAGAAAUGUUUUUAACCUUAUCCUACGCUUCUCUUGAUUUUCUAAGAUGAUGCAGUUUUACUUUGUGAUAAUCCUCAUUCAUUUAAAGCAUGCAGUUACCCUUAAAACAACACCUCUUUCAUUUAGGUAGGUUUUCUUUCUGACUUCAGAGAUGACUAAUAUGAAGGCACACCUCAAAAUGGGGCUUUUCUAAAACACCCACUGAUUAGGAUGUUCAGAAUCAGCUCUUGUACUUCAUAGAAAUGUCUUAGCGCUUUACAUUGUGUCCUAACCAGGUAUAACCCCGUAAGUUGCAAUGUGUCGCGUCUGCCAAAAGGACUAAGCAACAGGACGCUUAGUCUUUUACAUUUGUUGGUUUUUUAUUUUUGUGGCAUUGUGCUCGGUAGCUCCUCCCACUUUUAACCUCAAUGGUCCAAAUUCGUUCCAUAGGCUUUGACAGGCAGGCAUGUUUGGAUGGACAAAUUCGCUGGGAACUUGUCACAUCAUGCCUGGCUAGGAUCAGUGUUGAACUGAAACAGCUCUUCUAUAGAAAGAGCCUCAUUAAUAUACACUUUCUAAUCUGUGCAGAGGUUUCUUCUUUGGGUUUUGUAAAUGAUGAACUCUUGUACAGUAUUGCGUUCUGUCUCUCUUCUUGGCAAUAUUAACCACGAGCGAUUUUAAAUACUUUUACUGCAGGUCUUGUAUUGCACAGAGAAGUUCAAUUGAUUCACGCUGACUCUUUAAUGGGAAUCAGAUAUGCGUUUUAUUGUUUUUGAUAAUGAAGGGAAUAUGUUUGUGUUUUGAAGUAUUCAUUUUAGUUGAUGGUUUUUGGCUCAUGAGAAACUGACAGGCAAGGUUGACACUGUUUACACAUUAGCCAAGAGGAAAUGCUGCAGUUUCACUUUUCGUAGUUACUGAACAUUUUCAGAUGGAUGAAAUCAUGACUUAAGUGCAAUUAGACCAAAUAUUAUAAACAUGAAGAAGCUCAUGUUUUAUUUCAAAACAACAUUCCAGAAAGAGCCUGACAUUCCCACUUUUUUCUAGUUUUCUUCUUUCUUUCUUUUUUCUUCUUCCCUGUCAAUAUUUUGAUGCCACUUACGGAUUUGUCAGAAACCAAUUUUUAUUUCCAUUUUGGCCCAAGUUCUUACAUGAGACCUUUAACAUUUCUCUGCAUUGUUGGCUCUUGGCAUUGCUGGGCUGUCUGUGUUUGGACCAGGAUUUAAUUAAACUCUUUUGGCCUCUUACAAUCACUCAAGGCUUUCAGAGAAGAUUAUUAUUUUUUUGGUUCUUUUAGGUAAGAAAUAAUAUAUUUUUUUUGUAUAAAUGUAGCUCUACGCUAGCAUUGGACCAGUUAGAUUUCGACUUCCACCAAACUGCAUCGACCUCAAAGAUACCACAUGUCUUUGAAGUUUUUAGUCCUCUAAUGUUAAAGAGAAGGAUUUCUGAAGGGUUAUAAGCAAAUUAUGGUGGUGCGUCCCCAUUGAUGACGACCCUGGUAUAAACCCACCUGGUUUUCCAGCAUUACCAACAAGUCUGAUUUAAACUAAAUGAAGGAGUGGCAGUGUGUGUAUUCAGUAUAACAGGAUUUGGUUUUGAUUUCUAAAAUUGGUUCAAAUCCAUUUGUUGUUUCCAUUUCACAAGCUGUCAUCUGUUAGUAUUUUGUUUAAAGAAAUCCUAUUCCUUCUUAAAAGGAGUCCCACUCUCAUGCUAUUUAUAAUCUGGUCUCAAAUCUAGUUCAUGUUAUUUCUUCCUUCCUCUGUCCCCUUUGUCCCAGAACGUUAUGGUGGCCCUUUAAGUUCAGAGAGGUUACGUUGUUAGUUCAUGUUCAACCUGGUGGGAACCAUCUAAAAAGGCCAGAAUUGCCACCCAAAGCCUUGUAGACAAAUUGAAUAUCUUUCCGACCAGGAAAAACUGCUUAAACUGGCCUGAUCUGGUCUUCCUGGCUCAAGCCAGUUGGUCUACCAGCUUGAGAGGCCAGCUUCAGCUGGUUUAAGUUAUUACAUUGUUCCUUCACAGCCAGGAAAAAUGGCUUUGUUAUUCAGAAUUCAGACCUGUUCCAUUAUUUUAAGUAUUAGAAUUGAAUAAAAGCAAUACUUAGCAGAUAUGAUACAGCUUUAGCAUGAGCUAUGCAGUAGAGACUCAGUCAGCACCCUAAUGCAGUUUCAAUACUCAGAUCUCACCAGAAGUCAGCUGCACGCUUUUCUAGUAACCCACAGGCUGUGUGACCUUUAUGGUAGUGGUUAGUUAUCUCACUACUAAGUCACGUAACCCAAAGCUUAUCUGGUGUGGCUUGUUUGGUGCUGUAUGUUUUUUGUAUCCGUCAGCAGUGGUGCACUGUUCUCGGUCUUCUCAAAUGCACUGCCUUACCAGCCAUCUCAAGUCGAGAUGAAAUCUCCAGUCUGCAACCUUCGAGGCAGAGAUGGACUGAGUACGCUUUCAUUAAGAACUGAGCUACUAUCAUGUGCACUGUAAACAAGGAGAGUUGAUGCUAUGUUUGUGCCUUCCCAAUGUCUUAACUUUACUCUGGUCUGUCUUAAGCUUUGUUCUCUGGGAGAGUUGUGUGUCUCCAUUUUGCUCUUAAUGUCAUCACGUCAUGUAUAUCUCUCACAGGCUUGAAAACCCUACUGUGCUGUUGAGGGCCAUUUUGAUCUUAUCUAAACAUCAGUUUGAAACUUCAUGGCAUCAUACAUAGAUAUAACAACAGAAAUUUAGUAGAAGAAUGCUGCAGUGAUGGCCAACCUGAAAGUUCAUCAUCUUUGUUCCCUCAACAAAAACCAAUAAGACUUUUCCAUUGGAUUUCAGAUUAUUGCGGAAGAUAAGCUCUGUGACUAACAAAAGUUUAUGAAUCUUAAAUGUUUUGUUCAUCAUAUGCUUCACAAAUGAACACGAAUUUAUUGAAUUUUUAAGCCUUAAUCCAAUUGCCAAACGUAGGCUGUAAGCGGACUACAGUCAUUGCAUGACUUCAACAUCAGCACCAUUAAGCUUCAACUUUUUGAAAACCUUUUCCUGGAAAGUCUGAGUUAGAAUAGUUUACAAGAGUUCAAUUAUAAACACACCAUGGCUAUACAAGCAACUAAUGAGAAGAUUAAUUUACUUCUCUGGCCUGAUGCUAUUCAAUUUCCAAAAAAACACUGUAGUCCCAUUUAGAUGCUUGUUAACAUCUGCCUUUUUCAAGACAAGUGAAAGCUUUAAAAAAAAAGUGUUACUGAUUCAUGUGAACAUAUCUUGAGAUUGUGUUCAAUAAAGACCUUAUAUUUCAGGCAUUUAACCAAAAACACAUUCUAGAAACCCCACUGACUUCAGGAUGAUGUAACCAGAGGUGCUAAACUGCAUUUUUAGGUUUUGGUCUACAGAAUCGAGUCGUCCCUGCAGCACGAGACCAAAUUUGGGGGGAAAUGUGUAAAAUGUGACUAUCAAGCUGAGAUUUUAAUAAUUCAGGGUAAAUUUGGUGUUGCAUUUUCAAUGGUAACAGCACAGGAGGGUUUAGCACAAGCUAGAUUCCUAUAGAUAUUUCAUGUCUGAAUUUCCUUCCCUCUACGGAUGUGUGAAAAUUAAUCAAAUCAUGUCCUUAACUCACCCUUGCAUAAAUGUCGAGUACAGCCUUCCUUUUAAAAGCAUUUAAUUUCCCUUUAAUGAUUAGGGCAUCUGCAUCCUAGAUAAACACAGGGUUUCAUGGUUAGGGUUAAAGUUGGAUAAGUUGAAAUAAAUUGCGAAUUUAUUUUCCAUAAAGCACAAGCAUUCCAGUCUGCAAAAGAGUGUAUUGCAGUUCAAAUUCAGGUUUUGGUCACAUCACAUGAUGUGAUGGUUUUCCUGUUCCCCAACUGAAAUCGGAGGAUAUUUCUAGAGUAUAUCUGGUGUGCAGAAGCCCUAUUCGUCUUCGCAUUAAGGGAAUCCCAUGUUGUUCUUCCAUAGAGCCUCACCUAAUCAUGUAACAUAGAGGUUUGUCACUUUGAUGCAGUGAAAUGUCCAGCACUUAUUUCCCCUCACCUGUAGUGUUAUAAUAAAUGUUUUGCCAUCAUACUGAAUCAUUUGAAACUGUGUAAAACAAUCAUCCAUUUGUAUGCUUGUACAGAUAUGAAGAUAAGUUUUGUAUAGUAUUAGCUUGUUAAUAACGCCUUACGAUGUGCACCGUUCGUAAACGCUGUGUAGAAGUGACUCCCCGGUCGUAUGAUAUCGCACGUUGUUGUGACCGUGGACUCCUCUGAAAAGGUGGUUUGGGGUGCUCACUGACAACAAUUAGUGACGUUGCACUUACUGAUUGGAAGACGAUAAUUUGGGACUAGCUCAUAAUGUGUAUCUUUGUUGAACACAAUGUAAGCUUAACAUGCGUUCUAAAUCUUUAAUGUUGUAUUUAUAUUUUGCUCUUGUUAGGAGGGCAGAAGUGAAGUGGUUUGAGGAAGUGAGUGAAAGCGGAGUCUGUGUUAGAAGAUGCUGCGUAUAAAGCGAGAUUAUCUGCAGUUAUUGAUAAUAGUGUUGGCUGAGAGUCCUGGGAAAGUCCAUUUUAGUCUCCCGGUUGACUGUCGGUGUGAAUGGCGAGUUUUGAGCUGACAUGUCAUAGUUUGUGAAGUGUGAGACCGACUGAACCCAGCUGAGGAUAACCGUCUGGGUUAUGAAUGAAAGCGCAGCUCAGUAUCAGUAACAUUUCAGUGUGUAAUAGUGGUAACAUUGCUUUUUUAUAUUUCAUUGAAUGUGUAUAUAUUGUUUUGGAAGGCUUUAUGAAGCUAACACAGACAGAACUCGGUGGCACGGCAGGCCAGAGUCAGUAAUGUCGGCUGAAAUCAGGUUUCAAACGGUUGCAAGGUUUUAAAGGAGUCAUUAUAUACUCUCGAAUUUGACAUUGUACUUCUUGGCACUAAGUGACACUGCUUUUUAUGUGAUGUGUGACCGGUUUGAAAAGAAAUGGCAUCUUUGUUUAAUGCAUAAAAUCUGCGAAAUAUAUGCAAUGAUGUACGUGUAAUAUUCAAUCCUCAAGUAUAAUCCAGGUUGUAUAAACUUUGUAUAGUACAUUUUAAUAUCGUAUGGCCGUACCAAUAUGUAUUAAUUCUUCUCAGAAGCCUUAGAGUCGUCUACCCAAAGUGCUCCCUUAGACUACCCUACACCUACCUGAACUUUACAAAGCAUUAAUAACUAUAUUUUGUUGCGUUUUUAUUUGUACCCUUUUUUGAAUAAAAUAGAUUUGUACUGUAUAUUUGUACCUCUUUGUGAACUACUUAAGGCUGUUUUGUUUCAUUUUUGUUUUCCUUGUUUGUUUUAAUUCUAUGUAAGGACACAAAGAUAUUGUAUUUUUAUUGUUACAGCUAACUUCUUGGAAACAUUGCAUUUAUCAUGUUUGUUAAGUAAACACAAUAUAAUAUAAUAUAUAUAUAUCUAUAUAAUAUUAA